CCCUGGUGGUGCAGGAGAAGCCGGUGGGCACGAAACAGUGGAGUAACCGGCGUAAAAUGGCGCUGUCUCAAGGAACAAAGAAAAAAGUUUGCUACUAUUAUGACGGGGAUGUGGGGAACUACUAUUAUGGCCAGGGUCAUCCCAUGAAGCCCCACAGGAUCCGCAUGACACACAACCUCCUUCUCAACUAUGGACUGUACAGGAAAAUGGAGAUCUAUAGACCACACAAAGCCAGUGGUGAAGAGAUGACCAAAUAUCACAGUGAUGACUACAUAAAGUUCCUGAGGUCCAUCCGACCAGACAACAUGUCUGAGUACAGCAAACAGAUGCAGAGAUUCAAUGUUGGAGAGGACUGUCCAGUGUUUGAUGGUCUGUUUGAGUUUUGCCAGCUUUCAACAGGUGGAUCUGUCGCUGGGGCACUAAAGUUAAACAAGCAGCAGACUGACAUCGCCAUCAACUGGGCCGGCGGACUCCACCACGCCAAGAAGUCUGAAGCGUCGGGUUUCUGCUACGUCAACGACAUCGUCCUAGCCAUCCUCGAGCUGCUCAAGUACCACCAGAGAGUGUUAUACAUAGACAUUGACAUCCACCAUGGUGAUGGAGUGGAGGAGGCCUUCUACACCACAGACAGGGUCAUGACAGUCUCUUUCCACAAGUAUGGGGAAUACUUCCCUGGCACUGGAGACCUGAGGGACAUCGGAGCUGGAAAGGGCAAGUACUAUGCAGUAAAUUACCCGCUAAGAGACGGCAUUGAUGACGAGUCCUAUGAAGCCAUCUUUAAACCUAUAAUGGCAAAAGUCAUGGAGAUGUACCAGCCAAGUGCGGUCGUACUCCAGUGUGGAGCUGAUUCUCUUUCUGGAGACAGACUGGGCUGCUUCAACCUCACCAUCAAAGGUAGAAACUAG